GUCUCAUCCCGCCGCUGUCGCCGGUUGCGAAAGGAUCCAGAGGCUUCUGUUAGAUACUCCGGCGAGAUUCAACCAAUCGGAGCGGAAAUUCAAGAACAAGCGCCACGGCUGCUGCUCCUCCGCCUCCGCCUCCGCCUCCGCCCUCCGCCUCCGGUUGGAUAUUGGGAGCAGAACAAGUUCGAAAACGUCCGGCCGUUACGACACCAAAAUCUGUCGCAUUGAAGGGUCCACCUGUUGAUUUCAUGGAGGAUUCGGAUUCGUUAGAGAAGAACGACGAGACGCCGAGGCCAAAGUUGAAGCCUUUGCAUUGGGAUAAGGUCAGAGCGAGCUCGGAUCGAGCAAUGGUGUGGGAUCAGCUGAAAUCAAGCUCAUUCAAAUUGAACGAGGAGAUGAUCGAGACACUUUUUGGGUGUAACACUGAGAAUGCAGCUCCGAAGGAGAAGAAGAAGGUACCACCAGCGAUUCCAUCGCCGAAGUUGGAGAACAGGGUUCUUGAUCCGAAGAAAUCGCAAAACAUUGCUAUUUUGUUGAGGGCAUUGAAUGUGACCAAGGAGGAGGUCUGUGAAGCUCUUCUGGAAGGUAGUACAGAGAGCUUGGGAACUGAACUUUUGGAGACCCUGCUGAAAAUGGCUCCUACGAAAGAGGAGGAGCUUAAAUUGAAAGAGCACAAAGAUGACUCCCCAGUCAAGCUUGGACCAGCAGAAAAGUUUCUCAAGGCUGUGAUUGAUAUUCCGUUUGCAUUUAAGAGAGUGGAGGCCAUGCUUUACAUUGCCAAUUUUGAUUCAGAAGUCAGUUACUUGAAGAACUCCUUUGAAACCCUCGAGGCAGCUUGUGAGGAGUUAAGGAACAGCAGAUUAUUCCUUAAGCUUCUAGAGGCAGUCCUCAAGACUGGGAACCGAAUGAACGUUGGAACAAAUCGCGGCGAUGCUCAUGCCUUCAAGCUUGACACCCUCCUCAAGCUCGCCGACAUCAAGGGCACUGACGGAAAAACCACCCUCCUCCACUUUGUUGUUCAGGAAAUCAUCCGAGCAGAGGGGUCCCGCUUAUCCUCUGCUAAAACCCAAACCAACAUACUUCACAGUGACUUCGAGUGUAAGAAGCUAGGGCUCAAAGUUGUCGCUGGCCUCAGCAGCGAACUUGCCAAUGUCAAAAAGGCUGCUGCCAUGGACUCCGAAGUCCUCAGCAGCUAUGUAUCGAAACUAGCUGGCGGCAUCGUGAAGAUCACAGACGUGUUGAGAUUGAAUAACAGUAGCAAACAGUUCCAAGAAUCGAUGAAUGAGUUCCUGAAGAAGGCUGAGGAUGGUAUCAUAAAGGUUCAAGCACAAGAGAGUGUCGCAUUGUCUUUGGUUAAGGAAAUAACUGAGUAUUUCCAUGGGAAUUCAGCGAGGGAAGAAGCUCAUCCUUUCAGGAUUUUCAUGGUGGUUAGGGAUUUCUUGUCGAUCCUUGAUAAGGUUUGCAAAGAGGUGGGAAAAAUCAACGAACGAAGUAUUGCAAGCUCAGCCCGUCAGUUUCCGGUGCCUGUGAACCCAACACUGCCGCCGUUGUUCCCUAAGAUUACAGCAAUGAGGGCGGAAAGUUCCGAUGAUGAGAGUAGUUCGUCAUCAUCAUGAACAUGAUCUGUGAAUUUUUUUUUUGUUGACUAUAGAUAGAUCAGAUGGCAGGUUAUUUAUAUUCUUUUUUUCUUGUAUUUGUAGAAAUCGAGGUAACAAAUUUUCAGUAAGUUCUGCACCUAUAUAUAUAUAUAAUAUAUUUAUGUAA